AUGACAAACAUGCGAGGAAGGGCAAUGGUUAUGGGGGACUGCGGCAUUCCGCAAGGGGCAGUGCACAACCCCGAUUCGGUUACUGCUGCGCAGCUGUUCCAGGAGCUACAUGGUUCUGUUUUAAGAAUCUCGGACAACACCGAUUCUGUCACGUGGGAUGCGGGAAAAUACAGUUCAUUUUCUGUAAAGUCUUGCUAUCUUUUCUAUGCAGGUUUUUACAAUCCUUAUGGCCCGUAUGGUAGACACGACGGAGCAUUAUCUCUAGUUUGGAAGUCGAAGGCUCCUUUCAAGAAUAAAGCUUUCGGUUGGAGAAUUUUGGUUAAUAGAUUACCUACUAAGGAUCUCUUGAAAGUGAGAGGUAUCUCUUUUCCGAAUUCAUCUCUUAAUUGCGUUUUUUGUGGUUAUGCUCUUGAAACAAUGGAACACAUAUUUUUCAAGUGUUCUAUCGUGAAGUUAGUUUGGAGGGAUAUAGCGGAGUGGAUUGGUAUGUCGGAUGUAACAGAUGAGGACCCUAAAGGGAGUUUCAUGUUUUGUUACAAUUUUUACAAAAGAAUGAAGAUGAAGGAGGGUAGACUUAGUUGCAUUUGGUUGGCAAUAACUUGGAGCAUUUGGUUAGUUAGGAACCGUAUUAUAUUUCAGAAGGAUGCUUGGAGCGUUCUUAAUAUGACUUGGAAUACGUUGAUAUGGAGAUGGUCUUUUGUGGAGAGAUUACUCACCCCAAUUGCAACUUCUACGAUUUUUGUAAAGACCCGAUGUUUUUUCUUUCGUAGAUUCAAUUAG